AUGUGAGAAGUAGAAAGGAAUUAGUCUGAGAAAGUAUAUAAAGGUCGAAAGUGCCGAGAGAGGAUUGAGUGUGCUGGUGGUAUGUAUAUGACAAAAUGGGAGAGUUUUGAACAACAAGGCGUCGCGACGCGGCUGAGUUUCUCGUAGGGGGAAGCACGAUGCGAGAGAACGAUAAUAGUAUAGAGGCUUGGGCAAAGGUCCUAAACGCGUCGCGACGUCUAUUUUGCCUUUUCAGUAUACUCGAUUGCUCCUUGGCCCGCGGUACGUUUGGUUCCCCACAACUCGUAUUCACUACUCUCAGUUUUUCCUGUUCUAUAUUUUCUUACUUUCUCCUUUUCUGCUUCUCGUUAUCUUUCUCUCUGUCUCUCACUUUUUCACUCGCCUGCACUUCCCUAUCCACUUUCCCCCUUCGAAAUCAUUGGUCUUUAUCGGGUUCUCGUUUCCUUAUCCUUCUCCUCUGAUUCUUUCUUUUCCUUGCUUCUCUUUCAUUGAAACUCACACGCUGUGAGUCUUCUGAAUCUUCAGAAAGUUUUCUUGCUCGCUAAGAAUCGCGUCGCUCAAGGAAAGUAAGAAGAGGACCCUUACCCUUAGAUCGGGGUGGUAGAAUCCGCUUAGGAAUAGAUAACGAUACUCUGAUGAUUAGUCGGCGUUUAACCGGCCAGUAUUGUAAUAGGAAGCCUGCAGGCGCGAAGGAUUCUCUGCUGACUCCGAUUGGUUCUCUCAGAAUUGCUAACGUGCGUUUGUCCAACCGUUUCCAUUCGAAUUCGAUCCAAGCGACCAAAACACGCGGAAAAAAGUUAAGUGAUCAGCACGAAUCUAGACUCGAUGAUACCGACGCUCGACGAAGUGACAUUCGACCCUUUCAAGUUGCAUUUAACGUGAUAAGCCAUUUACUCCACUGCGACGACAAGCAGCACGACGUUCGUCGUAUUCGGGACGGGAUUUGGCGAGCAAUUUAUUUCUUAAGAAAUUAACUAGAUCCAGUUGAAAAAUGGCAGUUCAAGAAUCGUCGGUGUCGGUGUCUAACAGCACAGUUUCUAGACUCGGAGAAACUAUUGUUGCGAGUAUCGAAUCUGCAGCGCGUUUACAACUGGUACAAACUCUUUUGAAAUUGACCGAUCGUUUCUUGUGGAUCGUUGAAAAAUCAGCAGAGUGGAGUCUGCCCGUUCAAGAAAUCACUACCGAGACAAAUGGAAAGACCUUUGGCAAAAUGGAACUGGUUAGACCACUGCCGUGGAUCUUUUUUUUACCCAGUUUAAUUAUUCUACGCGCUAUUAGAAUGGGGCUUAAUGUGGGAGCAUUCGUCCUGGGUUACCCAACAGUGCAGCCAAGCGGAAUGGUAAAGUUGAUACAAAAAAGUCGCAGGCGUCUACGAACAAUAAAAUCAAAUGGUUUACGAAUAAUACGACAGCGUAAAGUAACUGCAAAGGACCGUAAAUUGAGCGAAGCGAAGACCAGCCUGAUCAAGUCGAUCCUAAUGACCUUAUCAACCCUUUCCUGCUUGGAUAGUUCUAAGAGAACUCCAUCGCCUCCGCCAACAAGAAUUCGAGUGCGCAACAAUCCGGAAACAACACCAACACCCGAGGAACAGUCUACUACAGAAUCUGCGACGAGCCCCAUAGAACAUUCGGAUGCAAAACGAAAAUAUUCUGAGGCCAGCGAAGAUGAUCAGACCUCAGAGGUUUCACAGGAUGAGACGGUUUGGUCAAAGCUUGAACAGCUGGGAAUAGACGAUUCAUUGAAUGAUCAAGAUUUUAAUCCGGCCGAGUGUUCUGUUACCGAUGAAAACACAAGUUCCUCUGAUCCUGAAGAUAUUUCACUGAACGAAUUGCAUGAUAUUAAGGAAGAUCAAGUUUUGGCAUUUUCACAUGGUAAUGUGUCUACGGAAGUCAUUAAAGAAGAAACAGAAGUGUUUCAUGAUUUUGUUGGACAACAACAGAGCGUGGAUGUCGAUGAAACAUCUGUAGAAGCAAAAUCCUUGCAAGUGACGCAAAAAGAAAGGGUUGGCGAAGAAAAACAAUUUCUAUCUCCAUUACAAAGUAAUGCAGAUGGAGAGGCAGAUUUUUAUUCGCCAAUCAGCUCCAAGAGCGCGUCGCCUGAACGAUAUGUGAUAUCAUCAUCUGAAAGUGACAGAAUUGAAACCAAAUGUCUAAGCUCUACAGAAUUGGUAAAUGUUACUAACACUGAUAUCCAGUCAUUGGAAUCGCCAAUUAUAAAUACCGGUUUGGUAGCAGAGGAAGCGACAAAUGGUCAUGCAGUGGAUAAACGGUCAGUUGGUGGGGUCAAGGGUCAGUCGAAGGGAAAACGUGCAAAUCACGGAAACCGUAAAAGAAAGUAACCAUCGAAACUGUCCAAUGGUGAAUUAUGAGAAUUUCAUUGCUGACGAUAUGGACUAAUGAACGAAGCUCGUACAUAAUCAUACGUCAUAAUUGCACACGAGAGACAGUAUCAGAAUUUUCCAAUCGCUUAGUUUUUCGACUUCUCAUGGAAACUAAAAUGGAAAAACUUUUCGCCGUAAUAAAAAUGCAUUAUAUGGAUCGAUCAGAGCAUCCAGAAUGAGGGGUAAACGAGCAGAGUCGACCAAACAAAAUCAUAAAGAUAAACCAUGUCUCUUCGUACUCAUCUAUCCCUGUGUAAUUAUCUUGUCCUCCUUUGUAUUUCAGUACUUUCAUUGUUACUAUAUAUAGAUGCACCUGUCUUCUAUCCCUUUUCAUGCACAAUUUUCUAAUCGCUAAACAUAUCAUUUUAUCUGACUAAUCAUAUUUUUAAUACUUUUUUUCUUUUCACUUAAAGCAGAUGCAUUCUCAGCCAUAUACUUAUACGUGUACUAUGUACAAUCUUGUGAGUGCUAUGUGGUAAAUGAAAUAUUAAUGUACAUGAGAUAGCUAUGCGGUUGAUCAUUAUAGCAUUAUAGAGACCGAAUUUUUGUUUGUUUCUUAGUUGUAUGGAUUUUGCUUUAAUAAAUUAUUUAAUGGAA